AUGGAUUUUUUAAGUGAUGAACAGGUUGGAAAUAUACUAAAUAAUAGUGAUGAAGAUAAUGACGAAGAAUUUUUGAUGCUUGAGACCGAAGAAACGUCAGAUUGCGAAGACAACAUCUCAGUGCAUUCGGAUGAAGUGGAUGUAAUUUCUGGCUCAGAUGACGAUGAUGUGCCAUUGUCACAAAUGCGCGGUAAUGCCUUAAGAGGAAAGAAUGGCCACCUCUGGUCAUCUGUUGCACCAUCUUCAAGUAGAACACCUCAGCGUAAUAUUGUUAGCCUCCAGAGAACUCCACAAGCAAUUAUGGAAGGUAUUCGUGAUGAAAAAGAUGCAUUUAUGUUAUUAUUCUCUAAGCCAAUUGAUUUGAUAGUAAAGUAUACCAAUCAAGAGAUUGGAAGACGUGCUCCUAAGUACAAAGAUCAGCGAUAUACUAAUCAAACUGACUCGAUUGAAAUCCAAGCCCUCAUUGGUCUAUUAUUCUUUUCUGCUAUCAACAAAGAUAAUAGAAAAAGUACUAAAGAAAUGUGGUCGCUAAUGAGUACACCUAUAUACAAGUCUAUAAUGUCUGAGAGUCGAUAUCAAUUUCUACUUCUGUGUCUAAGAUUUGAUGACAAAGACAGUCGUCAUAAAGAAGACCGAUUUGCUCCAAUUCGAGAAGUUUGGACAAUCUUUAUCAACAGUUGCAAAGAGUCUUACAAGCCAAGCGCCUUCGUAACUAUUGACGAGCAGUUAUUAGGUUUUCGAGGAAAGUGUCCCUUUCGCGUCUACAUUUCUUCAAAACCUGACAAAUACGGGAUGAAAGUUGUAGCUAUUUGUGACGCUAAAACUUACUAUAUGUUUGAUGCCAUCCCUUAUAUAGGCAAGGGAACCGAAGCAAAGUCCGCAGCAGACUACGUCACAAAAUUAGCAGAUAGCAUCAAAGGAUCUGGUCGAAACAUAACCUUUGAUAAUUGGUUUACAUCAGUGCCACUUGCUGAUUUACUACUGAAGGAUUACAAGCUGACUUGUAUUGGAACAUUGCGUAAAAACAAACGUGAGAUACCGCCCUCGUUUUUGCCGAACAAGAAUAAGAAACCUUUGUCUUCCCAGUUUGCAUUUGAUAGAGAAAAGACAUUAGUAUCUUUUACUCCUAAGACUAACAAGUCUGUUAUACUGCUGUCUACUAUGCAUUACAAAGAAGAAAUAAAUCCAUCUACAAGCAAGCCAAUCAUAAUUGAUGACUACAAUGCUACGAAGGGAGGCGUCGACACUUUUGAUAAAAUGAUGCAUAAUUACUCGACAGCCAGAGGCACCCGUCGCUGGCCUCUCAGGUUCUUCUUUGGGAUGUUAGAUCAGGCAGGCAUCAAUGCUAUGAUAUUGUACCUCAAGGCUAAAAAACCUAAUACACCAGCUAAGAAGUAUAGAAGUGGUUUCUUAAAAAAUAUGGCCUUGCAGUUGGCUAAGCCACAUAUGAAAAGACGUUUACAAUCAAAUUUACCUCGCGAAUUGGCUAGCACUAUACGUGCUAUUCUUGACAUUCCAGAAGAAAUUCCUGAAGGCGAACCCCCUUCAAAAUUACAGAAGCAAGCCAGAUGUGUGUUGUGCCCACGUAAAAAUGAUAAAAAAGUCAAAAUUGUGUGCACAAAAUGCAAGAAGCCAAUGCCAAGGCUUAAGACGUUUGGGAAAAGCUCCCGUAAGAAACUUCGUGCCAAUAGACGUAAUGCAGAAAAAGGAAUACGGCAAAAGAAUGAAAGCAGUUGUGAUACGAGUAUCGCGACUGACACACCCGAAGUAUAUCCGGAAAGAGAUGAGCAAGCGAGUUGUAGUACUUUUGAUGACAAUAAUUUGGAAAUACCUCACACGGUGAUUCUAGCACAUAUGCCAGUAUCAGAAAUGCCAGGCCUUAUGAGAGUGUGA